UGAGACGAGAAAAUUCGCUGUUCAGUAUUUUAAAAUUAAUUGUAAUUAAAUUUAAAAAAUAUAAAUAAGUAAUAUUUUAAUUUAAUAUGGCCGAUUUUCCAGAUCGUAAAAGUCGUCGUGCGUCUGCUGAAGAAAAAGCUAAAGAACUUGAAAUAAUAAAAGGUCUUGUUUGUGGAAAAAAUAUUAUUAUAACUGGUGGAGCUUCUGGACUGGGUUACUCAUUUGUUAAUCACUUUCUUGAACAUGGUGCAAAGAAAGUUGCAAUUAUUGAUGUGGAUACAGCAGCUGGGGAGCAAGCUGUUAGAAUAGUAACUAAAACCUAUGGAGAAGAAAAAAUUAUUUUCAUCAAUGCUGACACAUCAAAUCAUUCACAAAUGUUUGAUACAUUUACUCAACUAUCGAAAUCUAUGGAUAGUAUCGAUAUCGUAGUUAAUAACGCAGGUAUUUUAGAUGAACGACGAUGGGAAAAAGAAAUCGCAGUCAAUGUUACUGGAAUGUUAUCUGUUGCAACUCUUGCACUACAAUUUAUGGGCAAGGAUCAAGGACACAAUGGAGGAGUUCUUGUAAAUAUAGGUCAAUAUUUUGAUUUUAAAACAACAGCUCAACUUCCAGUUUAUACAGCAACUAAAUUUGCAAUGAUCGGGCUUUCACAAUCACUCGGUGCAUCUUAUCAUUACAAGAGAACUGGCGUACGAGUAAUGGGUCUUUGUCCUGGACUAACAGAGACUGCACUUACUAUCAAUAGUCCAAAUAGACUAUCAUCAAGAAUAAUGAAAGCAGACUUUGUUAAAAACCUAGAAAAUUUAUCUAUUCAAACGCCUUAUAUCGUAGCGAAAGGUUUGAUGACAAUUCUCAGAUGUGGUGAAUCCGGCAGCAUAUGGGUUAUUGACAAUGGACAAACACCAUACGAAGUACUGACACCACAUUACAAAUCUUUGAAAAGAUAUUACAAGAACAAUUUUAUUCCCACGUUUACUCAACCAAUGACGAAAGGACGACCAAUGAGUGAACUUAGAAUUUACGACAAUAAUAUACGAACAGGACUUACAAGUUGUGCUUAAAAUUAUAAUUAACAUUAAAAGCUAAGAUAAAAAAUAAAUUUAACAAUUAAAUUAAAUACUUUUUACUGUAGAAAAUUAGAUUUAAGUUAAGACUUCUUUUUUUUAUACAUUUAUUAAAUUACAGAAUGAAUGAACAAAAUGAAAUCAACAAUAUCAUUUUAGUUUCAAUCGUUUUAGACUGAAUAAAAAUUUUAUAUUUAUAAUAAGAAAUGUAUAAAAAGUACUACGGAUAAUUGUAAAUAUUGUGAAGAAAAAAAAUUAAGUAAUAAAUUUAAGAAAAAAAAAAAAAAAAACAUAAUUCAAGUACAUGAAAAUGGUUAUUUUUUGUUUUUCAUUUAAUUAUUAUUAUUAUUCAGCUUCAUGAAUCACAGUGUCUACUGUACAAAAAAAAGUUAAUUGUCAGUAAUUGUUCAUGCUGUUUAAAUUACAUGCGAAGAGAAUUUAACAUAUGCAUCGAAAUCAUCUACAAUAACAUUUUUUUUUCUCUCUCUUUAUUUAAUUCUCGCUUACAGCCUCACAGAAAAAAUUUGAAUUGUACUGACAAUCGUCGAAUUAUACAAUCUGUAUAAACAGUAUUUAUAUUUCUUAAUAGAAAAUGAUAUUUUAGUUAAAUCAAUUAACAUGAGUGUGGAAUAUUUUUUUAUUAAUUUGAGGUGUAGACAUUACAUAUAUAAGAGAUGACUCAAUUUAAGUCUAUAAAAAAAUAACAGCCGCAAACAAUCAAUUAAUAAUUAUCAAUAAACUUUUUUUUUCUUCUUAAAUUGUCUCAUAAUAAUCAUACAAUUUUAACUUCAAUUUUAAUUUUAAAAUCUAAAUUCAAAACAGCGUGAGAUUCAUUUAAACCCACACAUACUUCUGUCGUUUCAAAAAAAAAAAAAAUAAUAAAUUCAAAACCCUACAGUAAAUAUAUAAAAGUAAGAUGUGCAAAUAGUUACAGUUAUCGUUGGCAAUUAUUAAUAUAAAUAAUAAAUUUUUCAAAUAAUUUAUUUGUUUUAUUUGCUCGUAGUCAUUAAUUAUCAAAUAAAUUUUCUUUUAGGGUUUUAUUAUAUCAUAAACAAUAUAUCAUUUAUGAUUUAUAAUAAUGUAAUUAUUUUUAAAUACUCUGAUAUUAUAAAAAAAAAAAAUAUUUAUAUAAUUUAUAUCCCCACGCGGAUAAUUUAAACUCGAUAAUUAUUUUUUGAAAUCUCAUUAAGACAAAUCUUUAACUUUAUUUAUUGGCAAUUAAUUUUCAGUAAUACCAUUGUAACACGUGGCAUAAUUUUGAAAAAUUUAUUAUCACGACACACUGCUCAUAUCAUUCUUAUUAUUUAUAAUUUUUUUUUAAUUGUUAUCAAUUUUACUUUUUUAAUAUUUAUUUAUAUCCUAUUUUACAUUUCACCGUUACAUAUUAUAUAUCUAUAUAUAUAGUAUAAAGCAUGACAUUAAUUUUACAUUUAAUUUUCUCAGAGAAAAUACGUUACCGAUUGAUAAUUUCACUCGGUCAAUGAUCACAUCCAAUACGUUAAUUCAUGCGAGUUCAUGAUAAGCAAUCAAUGUUUAAUGAUUGCGAGCAUUGUAUUAUUACUAUUGUUAUUAAUUUUUUUUUUUAUAAACAGUAUUUACGAGAGAACAGCGCAUUACGACGUCAUACAAUUUUUAUUUAAUUAAUUAACUUAUAAUUACAUUAUUCAAAAUAUUUCAAAAUUAUUUAUUGAUAAUUAUAAGGAGACAGAUUUGAUUGAUAACAAUCCUUGGCAAUAAAACAAUCCAUCGACUUCCGUCAAAGCGGAUACAAUCCAACUACACCUAAUAUUUCCAUCAUAGUAAAUCCUUCCUUUUUUUUUUUAAAACAAAUAUACGCUUAUAUAAACAUAUAUUGUUUAUUAUUUUAUGCCUUAAUUAUUAUCAAAUUCUACUUACAGGAGAGUCAAAUCAAAUCUGCUUCUAUUCAGUACAUGUCUUAUAUUUAUUUUUAUUUUUAAU